UGUUGUCAAGGAAGAUUGAGGUUAUGUUCGUUUGUUUCUUGACAACCAAACAACAAAUUACUAGAAACAACUGUAGUACUUCAAGGUUUUGAACUAUAUUUUCCUGUUUUGUUAAAAACUAAUACUAUAUACGUUGAUUCACGACCUUUUGCUACUUACUUUACAAUGAACACAAAUUUACUCCGACUAAAAAUAUCGGAAUUAACCAAAAAGUACUCCAACAAGAAGGUUAGUGUUGAUGAAGAUUUAUCAUUAUCCGACGAUUAUUCUGGUGGUGAGGAUGAUACAGUAAAAUAUCGUUUAAAGCCAGAUAAUUUUGUUACAAAAAAGGCAGUUGAAGACUCAAAAUUAUCUCAACCUGUCAAUAAAUCUCUUAGUUUUCAUCAAAUUGAACCCUUGAAGUCUCCUCAAGUUGUUACACCUAAAUCUGGCAGUUCUCGUAGUGAAAAAGGCAAGAAACGUCAUAAAUUGUCGGAUACACCAAGGUCUACAAGUAUUACCAGUGUAAGAAGCAGUAAACAUUUAGAUUCCUUGGAUUCUCCCCAGGACAUCACACAAAGAUCCAAAAGUCUUAGUGACAAAGUUGACAAUUUUAGCGACCUCCUCAGCGACGAAGAACUAGAAAAUCCUCAAGAAAUCGACGAAGAUAGUGACGAUUCUUCAGAUUAUCACCCUCUAAAAAACAUUCACCUAGUGUCUGAUGAUUUCCUGGAAGAUAUUCAUACAGCUUCUGAAGCUUCUCCCAAUUCUGAGAACGUAGAGGAGAGACUAACGAAUAGGAGUACACCACGUAGUGUCAAGAGCAUACCGUUAUCUCCUUUUAUCAGUCCUCCAGCACUGAUUAGUAAGAGAAGUGAAAUUCAAACUAAAACAUUCACAAGUGAAAAUGAUAGUGUAAUAGAGGAACAGCUAGAGAGUGACGGUAAUAUUUCGAAAAACUACGAAUCUAGCUUUGAAAAUGAGGAUGAAUCCAGUGGUAGCGGUACAAAAACUUUGAAAAAAUCUAGUAAAAGUGGGUCAGAAACUUUGAAAACACGGAAAUCAUCCAGGCGUUCAAGUUUGUCUAAUAAUUCUAGAAAUAUUCAAGAUUUUGAUACUUCAACAUCAGCUUCAAUUGUGAAAACACCUUCUGAAAGCUCCGUACAAGAAUCUGUGACUAAUAGAUCAAAUAAAAGCAGUGGAAGGUCGAGUAAAUCAGAGGAUGUGGAAGAAAUUUUAGAAUCCGACACAAAUAGUGCAUCUGAAAGUGAUCGGAAGGAUUCAUCGAGAGCAGGAGAACAGGAAGAAGGAGGAGGUCCUGAGAAAGUAGAAGAAGAUGAAGGGAGGAUACAUGAUAAUGAUGACGAAGAAGAAGAAAGAAAAGAAACUGAAGACAAAAGGGUAACCAAAUUACUAUCAAAAUCAAACACCCUUAACAGUGGAGCAACAUCCGAGAUACAAGACUUGAAAACAAAAGAGUACCAAGAAAGUAGAAUUAUUCUUCCAAAUGAUUUGGAAAAAACUAAAAAAGAUACAAAGGUUGAAGAGAGUAAACAAAGUGGAGAGACCCCCUUAAAAAAAUCUACACAAUCUAUAUUGUCAACUGGACAAGAAAUAAAAACUUCCAAGACCAAAAAAUCAAACACCAAAUAUGUUCAAUGUGAUUUGAUAACAGAUAGAAGACCGAUUCAUAAAUAUCGUAGAAGGACUCCAUUCUACUACGAUUUUGAACCAUCUUACAGAGAUCAUAGAAGAAUUAUUCCAGUUUAUUACGAUUUUGAGUCACCGUACAGGGAAGAAAAUAUUAUUCAAACCCCAUUUCUACCUCGAAGAAAGCCACUGAAAAUAGAUACAAGAGUAAAGAAUUUGCCAAAUCGACCAGUUUUGACAACAAAUAUUGGGUUAUUUGGAGGAAGUACUUGUUUAGAUAACGAUUUGGACUUUCAUGUUGACUGUGAUAACAAUAUCGGAGAUAAUGAACUGAAUCCAGUAAUUGCAAUGGAUAAGAUACUAAGGAACCAAAUUAACUUAACCAAGUAUUUUAUGGAGAGUCACCAUAACAUGUACAUGGCAUGUUGUAAAAUUGUGAAAUCUUUGAACGAGGACUAUAAAAAUGAUGGAUUAAUUUCAUGACUAUAAAAAUGGAUUAAUUUCAUAAGGAAGGUGAUGUAUGUAUAAUGAGAAUGAUUGGAGCUGAGAUUUGUAGUUUUUUAAAUGUAUCAUAUUUUGUCAAAAUAAAGAGUUUGAUUUUGAAAGCAUUGGCUUUCUUCGAUUGGUCCUGGAUAUCACAAUUAGUAAUUUGAUUGUAUGGUAAGAGAUGUGGUGAUAUUUUUCCAUAAUUGAAAGAAUAAAACGUUGAUGUUGUCAAUACCAAUGUAACUAUUAAUAUUGGAAAAUUAGU